GCGCAGGCGCGAUUUACCAGCUUUGGGUGCAUUGUGGGAAUGUGAGUUUAACCGUUGACGUAUUAAAUCAUCCAUUAAAAAACCCAAAAUAAAUCAAAAUAAUGUACAUAUAUGCAUUGUUUCAAGCAUGUUUAUAAAAGAAUAUAAAAAAAAAAAUUGUACGUUCUCUUGUUCCUGUUGGUCGGUAACUAAGGGCGCUGUAGUGAAUGUGCGCAUGCGCGGUGUGGCAAUGGCCAUCAACAUCUCCUCUGCCGAGUUCAAAUGUUUGUCCAUUUAUGUUACAAUGCUUCGGUUUGUCCGCGAAUAGCUUUCUGCUUGGACGCGCUGCAUUUUUAAUCAAUUUCAUAUGCAAGUGACGGUGCCUGCCAUGAAGCUAACAUGCAAGCAGGUUCUCACCGAAGCCAAGGCCCCCGACUUGGAAAGCGUGAGGAAAUUGAACUGCUGGGGAUGUAAACUGACCGAUAUUUCUAUUCUAUCUCAAAUGCCAAAUAUUGAAGUGCUCACACUAAGCGUCAACAGCAUCUCGUCGCUGUCUCCUCUGGCUGGAUGCUUGUCUCUUUGCGAGCUCUACCUGAGAAGCAACACGAUCCCCUCACUCUCAGAACUCCAUUACUUGCGUUCCAUGACGCGCCUCCGGGUGUUGUGGCUGGCCGACAACCCGUGCUGCGGGACCGACUCCAGUGGGUAUCGCCUGACCGUCCUGCGCUUCCUGCCCGGGCUGCAGAAGCUGGACAACCAAGUCGUGACAGAGGAGGAGAUUGCGUUGGCGCACUUGAUAGGCGAGGAGAUCAGCUCGCCGCUAAAGACGACCCAGAACCCAGUCUCUACCAACGGGCUUCCUGAUGCAGACAAGGAAAACCACUCUCUCAGCCACAGUGUGGAGGAAACCAAUGAUAUCAGACAAGAGUUGGAGAUGAAGCAGCCCUACAGAGACAAGUUCCCCUCUCUGAAUUCUCAGUCAACCAGAUCAUCUAUGAAAAAGACUCACACUCUAGACGCAGUGCUGCUUCUGCUGAGGGAUUUGGACCCCGACGAGCUCCGCGUUGUCCACACAGAGACGCAGAACCGACUCAGGACUUGCACACUGGACUCCUUGGACACAUUGCGAGACUCGCCACCCCAGAAAUCUGCCGACAUUUUACAAUGAAAACGUAGUUUUCUCCGCGUCUCGGGUCUUUUUCCAAAUUCAUUGCGUCGCCUCCAUUUUUUUCCCCCCCUGACUUGAAACGGGGUCACAACAACACCCGUUUUCUGCUAUCCGCACACCCGUUUACACUUCAAAUAUGCUCAGAUGUCUACUUACCAAAUUAUGGCUUUCAUUUUUGAAUGUUGAAUGCCUGCCUUGCAAGAACUAUAUAAUGUACAUUUAACGAUAGGUUGAUCUAUUUCUGUAAUUAAAGAGCUGAGUUUGCAAUACAUUAACAA